CCGACUUUCUGUUUCUCUCGCUCUCUCGCUCUCUCGACUAUGUCUACGACGAUGUUUGCUUCAAGCGCUUUCAGGAGGGGGAUGGGGAAGAACUUUGUGCGAGCGCGAAGGUGGAUGAGCGUUCGGCCAGAAGCAAAGGAAGAGAACUCGGCUCGUCCUCAUCGCAAAAAGGUUACGAUCCAACAUCUCCACCACCUGCGCAAUGAGAAUCUCCCCAUCGCUAUGCUCACUGCCUACGACUUCCCCAGCGGCCGAGCCUGCGAGGCGCACGAGAUCGAUAUCACGCUCGUGGGAGACUCGCUCGCCCAGGUCUGUCUCGGAUACGACUCAACGAUGCGCCUGACGAUGGACGAAAUGAUACACCAUUGUCGGGCGGUAGCACGGGGGAGCAAGACCCCAUUCCUCGUCGCUGACAUGCCCUUCGGCUCGUUCCACACCAGCACGGAUGAUGCCAUCCGGAACGCGAUUCGGCUCAUGCAGGAGGGCGGUGCCGAAGGCGUCAAAAUAGAGGGUGGCAUGGAGGUCGUCGACGUCGUGCACCGGCUUACGGUCGUCGGCGUGCCUGUCAUGGCCCACGUCGGCCUGCUCCCGCAGCGGCAUAUUCAGAGCUCGGGCUACCGCGUCCAGGGCAAGGACGCGCGCUCAGCGAUGCACAUACUCGAGAGUGCCCUCGCGCUCGAGCAGGCGGGCGCAUUCGCGAUGGUCCUCGAGGCCGUCCCGCAGGACCUCGGGCGGUACAUCACACAGCGGCUCCGGUACACGCCCACGAUCGGCAUCGGCGCAGGCCCCGGCACGGACGGGCAGGUACUCGUGUGGGACGAUAUGCUCGGCACGUGGAACGGCCACAAGGCCAAGUUCGUACGCCGCUUCGGCGACGUCAGGGCGGAGAUCGAGCGCGGCGUCACCGGCUAUGUCCAGGCUGUCCGCUCGCGGACGUUCCCCGCCCGGGACAAGGAAAGCUACGACAUGCCGUCGGAAGAGUGGCAGAAGUUCACGAGCAUGGUGCAGCCCGGACCGAGGAUGCGCGAGGUAUCGAGUGGAUGACUCUGUGGGGCAGCUGCGGGGGGACGUGGUCUAUAUUGUACUACUUGCCUUAAUCUGUACGAAUCUAACAUCGAUUUCAACUCUGUUUUUCGUGCUUCCUUCACCGGCAGCAACAGUUCAAGCUCUACUUGGGCGGUGCAGGUAUAUUAUCUCAGGGUAUGUCCCAUACGGGAUCUCCGGCCCACUGGCAGCCCGGGGAGAUUUCAGUUCGCAGUGGUGUCGUCUUACCUGUAUCGUACGACACUGACCGAGAAUUUUACCCUCUGAGACAUGUUGAGGCUUGUCGUAUCGACAGAGAGGGCACUACCGCGCUAUCCAGAUGCAGUCAUAUCUCGCAAUUCGAUGUUGUCCCUGCAGACAUCCCCAAGGUUUCACCUUUGGCGACGUUUGCAGGCAUGAUUACUAGCGCAGUCGAGACGUUCCGAUUAGCAAGUACCAGUUACUGAGAAGCUCAUGCUCCGACCGAGCUGUCUGCUCAGCUAGGCGCUUACCGGCUAUUCUAGAGUUUAGCAUGCGUUUGGCCAAAGGAUCCUUCCAUCUAUCGCAUGGAACGGGAUGGCGGAUCUAGUGGCUAAUUCACAGAGCCUCGUAGAUCGCCGUGGUGGAUCAGCUCGAGAGAGGAUCGCUUCGCUUGGAACAGACCAUCUCGCUGAGUGUUAUCAUCUUCUUUUUAACUUUUGUCGGAAUAAGGAGGUGCAAAUGAGAUAUCUCUAUCCAUCUGGGGCAUCCUCACGUGCGAUGUGCCACAGCCCGAGAAGCAGGGGCGAAUUGGUCUGCUUAUCUCUCUAGGGAGUCUACGCAUAUGAUGCAGUUGGCGGCUUCACAUAUGGAACGACAUUCAGCGAAGACGCUGUGCAAGGCGCAUGGCUGGAAUAGCCCAGCCGGACUAUGUUACGUGGUAAAUUUAGGCUGCUCAGACCUGUUAAGGGAGAAACU